AUGGCUGAAAAUCCAACUGCUAAUAUAAAUAUGACUUAUGAAGCAGCAGCAGAUCUUGCCAAUGCAACAUUGCAACAACAACAACAACAAAUCGAAUUUUGGCUACCAAUUCCGAUAAAUUUUCAAGAGUCUCAAUUAUGUCAAAUUCAUCCAUCGAGAAAUCUCACUACUCGUCAACGAACGUUUCAACCAGUUGCUUGUUUAUUGAAUGAUUCCAAUGAAUUUUAUCCACUAUUAGUCAAUGAAUCUGAAAAUAAUUUAACGAAUGUGGAAAAAAAACUUCGCAAAGUGAAUCGAUUCGAAGAGAAUUACCAAAUAAACAUACCUUAUAGAAACAAAAAUAUCGAAAUUGAAAUGAAACAAGCAUUACAAUCGUAUGGCCGUCAAUGGAAUGUACAUCAAUCAAUAUUAAUGAUUAAUUUAAAUCGAUUAUAUCAGUUACCACCUGAAUUCACAUUGAAAGAAUAUUUCAUCCAACAACAAAAAAUUUUAAAAAAAUCAUAUGAUUUUUCUUUAGAAGAAUGGUUUCUCAUGUUAGAAUUCUAUUUACAAAUGGAUGGUUCCUGUUUCUAUAUGAAAACAUGUAGAUUUCGUGAUGCAAUACCUCCUCCGCAUAUGGAACAGGAUGACAUAUUUUGUAUCCAAUCACCACAAGCUAAAUAUGGUAUGAAACGAUGUCAAAAUAAGACCUGUCGUUUUUGUUAUGAAUCACAUUAUCUAACUCAUCGAUUUGAACCUACUAUACAUUAUUCUGAUACUCAACUACAUCGUUUUGUCAAUAAUUAUGAAGUAUAUUUAAAUUGUAAUGUAACAUGUAAAACAUCGAAUGUCAUCUAUGCAUUGACAUGUCCUUGUCAGCGUUUUGAUUAUAUUGGUCGAUGUAAAGAAAUGUUUCGUGAUCGUAUGAGAGAUCAUCAAAUCUAUGGGACACGAUUGGUAGCAAAUUCUUUUCUUGGUCAAAUUGUAGCUGAUCGUUUACAAGAUGAUCGACCACCAGAUCCAAAAUUUCCUGAUCAUGAAAAUCGAUUGUACGAACAUUUGACCUACUGUCCAGUAGCUAUAAAAAUGUUCUUAAAAGGUCAUCCUGAUUUUUGGUGUUUAGUACCGAUGACUAAGGAACAAGUUCUUAUGGAUAAUGCUACAUUAAGUGUAGAUGAAAGAAAUCGUUUAGAAGAAUAUCAAAGUUCAUCUAUUGUUGAAACAACUACUACUACUACUAAUCCAUAUAUACGUGAAUUAAGUCUUGUCCAAUGGUGUAUCAAAUAUUUGCCUCCACCACCGCUGAAUUAUCAAUAUUCAUUACGACAAAAACUUGAGCAAUAUGAAUUUUUUCGUGGGAAAAAAGAGCGUUUCGUAUCACAUUUUCUAAGUCUAUACGAUGCAGCGAUUGUCAUUGCUUUGCCUGAAGAUGCAUCCAAUGCAGUAUGUCAUGUCAUACAAGCUUUAUUAAUUGUUUAUGCUGAACCCAAAUUAAAUAUUUUGAUCACAGAUACAGAUACAACAGCAACAACAUCGGAUGAUAGUAUGGAUGAAAUUUGGUGUAAAGAUUUAAUACAUCCUCGAAUUGCUGGAAUGUUAACUUGA